UUUCAUUCUUUUCUCUUUUCUUUUCUUUUUUUUUAUUUUAUUAUUACCCGACUACGAUGAAUAAUAUGAAUCAACUUCAACUUCAAAUGAAUGCAACACUGGAUAGACGACGUGACAUUGCAAAACUUCGACGACUUGUGGUGAACCCUGUGGAUAAUAUUGAUUUCUCUUCCAAUGACUUUUUGGGAUUAUCUUAUAGUAAGACAAUGCGACAAGAAUACUUGAAUGAAUUACAAUCGAUGCCGUUUAUCUUGGGAUCAACGGGAUCAAGACUAUUAGAUGGUAACUCACAGUAUGCACAUGAUCUUGAAGAAAGAAUUGCCAAGUUUCACGGUGCAGAAUCAGCUUUGAUCUUUAACUCUGGAUUUGAUGCCAACGCUGGGUUAUUUAGCACAGUACCACAAAAGGGUGAUAUUAUUCUCUAUGAUGCUUUGGUUCAUGCAAGUGUACACGAAGGGAUGCGUAUAUCACGAGCAGCACAACUUAUUCCUUUUGCUCAUUCGGAUGUGGGUGAUUUGACGAUGAAAUUGGAAGGGAUCAAAGAUACCAAACAAAAUAUUUUUGUGGCAGUGGAAACGGUUUAUUCUAUGGAUGGGGAUAUUGCACCUUUGAAUGAAAUUGUACAAGUUUUACGUUCUUAUUGGCCGAAUGGAGAAAAUGGAUUUUUGAUCGUAGAUGAAGCUCAUGCAACUGGUGUAUAUGGUGAUCAUGGCCGGGGUAUUGUAUCACAAUUUGGAUUGGAAAAGAUGGUCUUCGCACGGCUCCAUACUUUUAGCAAAGCACUGGCAAGUAACGGAGCUGUUAUUCUUGGAUCUGAAACUCUUCGACAAUAUUUGAUUAAUUAUGCUAGACCUCUUAUUUAUUCUACUUUUAUGUCUUUUAGCAGUUUGGCAUUAAUCCAGACAGCAUACAAUCAAUUAGAAUCAGAUGAAACAAAGAAGAUUCAAGAUCAUUUACAUAAUCUCACUCGACGAUUUAGAAAUACAAUUUGUUUACCAACUGGUAAUUUAUUACCUUCUAAUAGUCCAAUUCAAGGUGUAGUAUUGAAUGGAAAUGCUCCUGUACGUGCUUUAGCUAGUUAUCUCAAUCAACUUGGAUUUAUUGUCAAACCUAUUUGUUCUCCAACUGUACCUAAAGGUCAAGAACGUGUUCGUAUUUGUUUACAUGGUCAUAAUACAGUCUCCCAGGUGGAUGAUCUUGUUCAAUCUAUUCAUACUUUUUUUAAUGUAAAUAAUAGCUUAGAAUCAAAAUUAUAGUCAAUUUUUUUUUACUUCAAUAAAUUUUUGCUCCUCCGCUUCAA